AUGGUUGAAACAACCAAAAUCGAAACAACAACAACAACCCUACUCAUUCUCCUCAUCCUACCUUUUCUUCCUCUAACCCUGUCUAUUCUUCUGCCUAUUCUUAUCCUUCGUCACCUUCUUCUCCACCUCCCUCCCGUCGCCCCACUCGUUGUCACCAGACUGGCAGGGUGAGCCCGCUCACUCUGGCAGCCUGGAAUGUUCGUUCCCUUCUAGACAAUCCGAGGAGCAACCGGCCAGAACGGAGGACGGUGCUAGUGGCCCCGGAACUGGGGCGCUAAAAGGUGGAUAUCGCCGCACUCAGCGAGACCCGAUUCUCCGAACAAGGCCAACUGGAGGAGGUGGGUGCCGGCUACACCUUCUUCUGGAGUGGUCGACCCAAGGCAGAGCGACGAGACGCGGGUGUCGCCUUCGCCAUCCGGACCGACAUCGUGGGACGACUGCCCUGUUUGCCGCAGGGAAUCAACGACCGCCUAAUGAGCCUCCGUCUGCCUCUCCGCAGGGAAGGGGGCAAAUUGGUCACCAUCAUCAGCGCCAAAUCUCCGCCGAUGAGCAGCCCCGACGCCGCCGCAAGAGACAAAUUCUAAGAGGACCUGCACGCCCUCUUGGCGACAGUGCCGAAGGCGGACAAGUUGAUUGUCCUUGGUGACUUCAACGCCCGCGUCGGCACAGACCAUACUGCCUGGAGAGGAGUGAUGGGCCCCAUGGUCUGCGCGGCUCCAAUGACAAUGGUCUGCUGCUUUUCCGCACCUGCGCAGAACACCGCCUCAUCCUGACGAACACGCUCUUCUGUCUGCCGGAGCGAGAGAAGGCCACCUGGAGGCAUCCUCGGUCGCGUCAAUGGCACCUGCUGGACUAUGUCCUCGUCAGGAGACGAGACCAGCGGGACGUGCUGGUGACGAAGGCGAUCGCGGAUGCUGACGGGUGGACCGACCAUCGCCUCGUCAUCUCGAAGAUGCGUAUUCGCCUACAGCCUUGCCGGAGACCACAAGGUAAGCGACCCCCAGGUAAGUAGAAUAUUGCCUUGUUGUCUUUGCCCGCUCACCAUCUCCAUUUCAGCAAUGAGCUAGCUCAACGGCUAGACAACCUUCGUACCGCCGGCGCCGCCGACGACGCCGCUGCCGAGAACGCCUCUGUGGAGGACCGCUGGUGUCAACUGCGAGACACGGUCCAGUCGAAGCGCUAGUCGUCCUCGGUCGCGCACGCUGCCAACACCAGGACUGGUUCGACGACAACGACGCCGCCAUCAGAAAUCUGCUCGCUGAGAAGAACCGCCUACACAAAGCCUACGUGGACCACCCCACUGAGCACAACAAAGCUGCCUUCUACCGCAGUCGCCGACAGCUUCAGCAACGACUGCGCGAGAUGCAGGACGCCUGGACUGCUCGCAAAGCUGAGGAGAUCCAAGGCUAUGCGCACCGCAACGAAUGGAAGAACUUAUUCUCCGCGAUCAAAGCUGUCUACGGUCCGCCGACGAAGGGCACUGCUCCUCUCCUCAGCGCCGACGGCAGCACUCUCCUGACUGAGAAGACGCAAAUCCUACAGCGAUUAACCGAGCAUUUCCGAGGCAUCCUGAAUCGCGCCUCCACCAUCUCCGACACCGCCAUCGACCGAUUGCCACAAGUGGAGACCAACGUGGACAUCGACCUCCUGCCAUCUCUUCAGGAUACCAUCAGGGCCGUGCAGCAGCUCUCCAGCGGGAAAGCACCCGGCUCGGACGCAAUCCCUGCUGAGGUCUACAAGCAUGGAGGUCCCCAACUCAUGGACCACCUGACCGCGCUGUUCCAGGAGAUGUGGCGUCAAGGUGAAGUCCCGCAAGAUUUCAAAGGCGCAACAAUCGUGCAUCUAUACAAGCGAAAAGGGAUUCGCCAAGCUUGCGACAAUCACCGUGGCAUCUCCUUGCUGAACAUCGCCGGGAAAAUCUUCGCUUGCAUCCUGCUCAACCGCCUCAAUAACCAUCUGGAAGAGGGCCUUCUGCCGGAAAGCCAAUGCGGCUUCCGUCGUCAUCGUGGGACCACGGAUAUGAUCUUCGCCGCCCGUCAACUUCAGGAGAAGUGCCAGGAGAUGCGGACCCACCUGUAG